GGGCAGGAGGUUGAGGUGCUCCCCACCUUCCGCUACUACGAGCCCGAGGUGGUGGCCGUCAUCGGGCCCGACAGCACCCAGCUGGCCCUCACCACAGCAGCUAUCCUUGGCGUCUUCCUCGUACCAGAGAUCAGCUAUGAAGCCUCCUUGGAGACACUGAGCCUGAAGCGGUUUUACCCUUCAUUCCUGCGCACCAUUCCCAGCGACAGGCAGCAAGUGAAGGCCAUCUUCCUGCUGCUGCAGCACUUUGGGUGGACUUGGGUCGCUCUGCUGGGCAGUGACAACGACUACGGCAGGGACAGCUUGGAUGCCCUCUACAAGCUGCUGACCGCAAGCGGUGUGUGUGUUGCCUAUCGAGGCAUCAUCCCCAUCAUCAAGGAUGCCAGCAGCUCGGAGCUCCACAACCUGGUCAGAAUCCUCAUGGAUGCCAGGGUCAAUGUCACAGUCGUCUUCUCCAACAGACAAAAUGCCCGCGCUUUCUUUGAAGUGGUGGUCCAGCGGAAUGUCACAGGCAUGGUGUGGGUGGGCUCUGAAGACUGGUCGUUAGCCCAAACAAUCUGGCAGGUGCCUGGCAUCCAGAAUAUUGGCUCAGUGAUUGGCAUGUCGGUUGAGAAGACAGAGUCUACGAUGCUGGAACGCUUCGAAUCUUGGAAGAUGGCAGAGGAAGGUGCUGCAGCUGAAUGUGCCGACAGCACCGAGGCAGGCAGGGGAACUGGAGGGAGCGCCCAGCUGGACUGCACCCAGUGCUGCACUGGCUGCCACUCGCUCACCGUUGCCCAUGACACAUAUGACGCUCAAGCCUCCUUCAACGUGUACUCAGCCGUGUACGCUGUGGCCCACGGCCUCCAUGACCUGCUGGGCUGCGCCUCGGGAGCAUGCAGCAAAGGCACAGUCUAUCCCUGGCAGCUCCUACAAAAAAUCAAGCAAGUCAACUUCACCCUGUACAAGAGCCAGAUCUCUUUUGAUGCCAACGGGGACAUUCGUAAAGGCUACGACAUUGUCAUGUGGAACUGGAGCGGCCCGAGCUGGGCUUUUGAUGUGAUAGGAACUUUCCGUGUGAACCCUGACAGGCUGAGCGUUGAUCAGGGCAAAAUCCUGUGGCACACAAAAGAUCACCAGGUUCCCACCUCAGUGUGCUCCGAGGCCUGUCAACCCGGGGAGAAGCGGCUGCAGCGGAGCCGCCACCGAUGCUGCUUCAGCUGCGUGGCCUGUCCAUCAGGAACCUUCCUGAAUAGAUCGGACCUCUACAGCUGCCAGUCCUGCGGGCUAGACGAAUGGGCCCCGGCGAGGAGCGAAGCUUGCUUCAACCGCACCGUUGAUUUUCUGUCCUGGUCCGAGCCCAUCUCCUGGGCACUGCUGACCCUCGCUAUCCUCCUCAUGCUGCUCAUGGCAGGGCUGGCCGUCCUCUUUGCCCUGAAUGCUUCCACACCAGUGGUCAAGUCUGCGGGCGGGAAGAUGUGCUUCCUCAUGCUGGGCUCUCUGGCCUGUGCCUGCAGCAGCCUCUUCUGCUAUUUCGGGGAGCCUACCCGGCACACGUGCCUGCUGCAGCUCUUCCUCUUCGCCAUCAGCUUCACCGUCUUCCUUUCGUGCGUGGCGACACGCUCCUUCCAGAUCAUCUGCAUCUUUAAGCUGAACGCACGCUGGCCGGCCCUUUACGAGGCCUGGCUGCGGCGCAGGG